AUGACCGAAGCAAUGGGCUCCGAUUCCCCACCGCUUGAAGUAUUCAAGCCGAAUUACAACCCCAGGAAGUCGACGCCGCCCCCAUUUGAAAGUCAAGAGCAGUCAUCGCAGCACGAUGACACCAAAUAUGAGAGUAAGAAUCUCCCUAGAUCUAAGAAAAUCGAGCUCCGUUUUGGGCAACGAGAGGCCGAUGAUGCCCUAUGGCGAAACUCGGAUUCUCACGGCUAUUGGAGACCGGAAAGCAACCCAAGCCCGGUCGAAUUGGGAAGACUCUCCUAUGAAGCACUUGAGAGGCUUGAACGCCCACAGCUGCCACCUAUGCGGGAACAGCCAAACCCACCAAACAAGCAUCCCAAAUUCAAUAGCGAUCAAUUUACGCUCCCGGCGCUUCAAGACCCGUCAACAGGCCAUUCGCCUAAUGCUUCCAACACAAAACUACCGCCCAUUCACACUCAGCUCGGGCCUGUAUUACCGCCACCGCCUACCGGACCCCCUACACGCACUACACGGGCACCGUCAUUCUCGCUACCUCCCGUCACCACCAUCUCCCCGCCUUUGACGAGGGUUGAGCCCAGCCCUCGAGACCAUUAUCGCGUGCCAUUACCCCAGUCAAAGAUACCACCUACUCCGUAUUCACAUCCCUCGCCUGUAAGCUUGCAAGCCGCGUCUGUCGCGUCCUCGCCGGUCUCACAGCAGCCUUGUUGGCGAGGCGCCAAACCACUUGGGCCUUAUCCAUACGACUCGCAACCUAUAGCCUCCAACAGGAGCCCAGCGGCAAGUUAUCCGACGCCGAUAGAUCAUGCCUCGGCCUGUGACCCUGGAAGCUUCACGCCUUCGUCACAAGGCAACGUGGCAACUGCUCCGACAGGUACAUUCAAAUGCUCACAUCCUGGAUGUUCAGCAGCCCCCUUCCAAACGCAGUAUCUACUAAAUUCACAUGCGAAUGUCCACUCGCAAGAUAGACCUCACUUCUGCCCAAUUGAUGGCUGUCCACGUGGUCCUGGGGGGAAGGGGUUCAAACGGAAGAAUGAGAUGAUUCGCCACGGGCUCGUCCAUAACUCGCCCGGAUAUGUAUGUCCAUUCUGUCCAGACCAGCAACAUAAAUACCCGCGGCCCGAUAAUCUCCAGCGGCAUGUGAGGGUCCAUCAUGUGGACAAGAAUAAAGAUGACCCGGCUCUCCGACACGUUCUCUCGCAACGACCUGAGGGAAGCGGCCGAGGGCGACGGCGACGAAUAAAUCCUCAAUAA